AUGGCAUCAGUUUACAAGAGUGUUUCAAAGAAGGCGGCUAGACAGCCCACCGAGGAUAUGUCCGACGAGGAUAUGGAGAUGGAGGAGCUCCUCAAUGCGGAAGACGACACCACCGAUAGCGAAGAGGAAGAGUCCGACGAUGGCGAGGCGGCUGAGGUUGUGAAGAAGCAGCUUGCUUCUGGAUUCAUGCCCAAGACCCGAGUACUUAUCUUGACCUCCAGAGGUGCUUCCUACCGCCACCGACACCUGAUGUCCGAUAUUUGUGGCCUCCUGCCCCAUACCUACAAAGAGACUAAGCUUGACACGAAAAAGAAGGCCGCCGGAUACAACCUCCUCCUAAACUCUCUUGCCGACCUGCAUUCCUGCAACGUUAUCUUCUUCCUCGAGGCCAAGAAGAACGGCCAGGAUCUUUAUCUCUGGCUUUCACGCCCUCCUAAUGGUCCUACUAUUAAGUUCCACCUCAACAACCUGCACACAAUGGGCGAGCUCGGCGCUGGAUUCGCAGGGAAUUGCUUGAAGGGCGGCCGCGGCUUGGUCGUGUUCGAUCGCUCCUUCGACGAGCAAGGCCCAGAUAUGGGCGCUCCUGGUAGUGAAUACCGUGCGCUUGUUCGGGAGAUGCUGCGCGGAGUUUUCUGUGUGCCCAAGCGUGGUGUCAGAGGCAUGAAGCCAUUCGUCGACCGCAUCAUUGGUAUCUUUGGAGUGGACGGCAAGAUCUGGAUUCGCGUCUAUGAGAUUCGCGAGUCUGAGCCUGGCAAGAAGAAGGAGGGCGAGGGCGAGGAGACUAUCAAGCCCGUACCAAAGGGCAAAGACAACGCCCUGCCCGAGGUUUCUCUGGUCGAGAUUGGCCCCCGCUUCGUUCUGACCCCCAUUGUCAUUCUCGAAGGCAGCUUCGGUGGACCCGUCAUCUAUGAGAACAAGGAAUACGUCAGCCCCAACCAAGUCCGUAGCGACAUCCGACAGGGCAAGGCUGGCCGUUACUCCCAGCGCCGAGACGGCCAGACUGAUCGGGUGGCCAAGCGCUCCGAUCUGGGACUGUCCGAGAACUCCGUGCGGAAGGUGGAUGCAUUGGACACAAGGAAGCUGUUUGCAUAG